AUGGCAGUAGCGAAGCGCGGUCUUUCUGGCCUUCAAAGGGAGGUUUUGGCACUCUAUCGACAAUGUAUCCGGGAAAUUCGGAAGAAGCCAGAGACUGCACGGCCUCACUUUCAAUCUUUCGCCAGGCAAGCUUGUGCACCAGCUUCCUUAUGUGCCGCUCAGCAUCAUACUGACCAACACACUAGGACAGAGUUUGAAAGGUACAUUACGGUUGACAAGCGCGACUUCUCCGUUGUAGAGCACUUAUUGCGGAAGGGCCGCCGCCAGCUCGAGACGUACUCUUCACCGAGCAUCAAGGACAUUAGCCGUCUUUCGCAGCAGAGUCGAGUAUCCCUUGUUGCUUCGCCAUCAAAUAGAUCAUCAAACCAAUCUUUCCGAGCACCUCAACCUCCAUCGAGAACCUCUAGCCGGCGCCGAGAAGUGAAUCCUGCAGGAGAGCUACCUGUCUCUACCCCGACACCAGAGUCGGUUAUAUCGCUUCAUACAGUUACAGCUCUUCUUCCGUAUGAGGAACAGUUCCAAGCUGUUGGUCUAGCAGUGACUUCUGAACAACAGCGGCAGAAGUCGCCGCCCAAACAGUCCCCUGAAAAGGACAUGAAGAUGAAGAAUUCACCAGAAGUUAUAACAAAGCCAAUUUCUCGUCCCAAAGAGACCAGAAAACAAGUUGAACCAGGCCAACUUCAGCUUAAUGGCUUGAGGAGCGCUUCAACGAGCUCAUCCGAUUCAUCAACCUCGGGCACGCAAGUUGCCUUUGCACAACCAGACGCCUGGGAGCUCGCCUUUAUCGACGAAGUUCCCGCCAAGAAGGAAAGUUCUACUUCGAGAUGUUGUAACCUACCUUGCUUCCAAAACACGAGAGACCAAUUGAUCGACGUCACAAUGGGCCGGCCACCCCCCGCUCCGACGCCAACAACAAUUGAUACGCCAAACAAGAUACUGGCAAAGUGGGACCCAGUCUACCCCCAGAAGACAGAGGCGCUGCAGGGCUGGCGUAAGUCGAGUGACAAAGCCUCUCGAGAUGUUCGAGCCAAAACAUGGCACGGAAACACGGCACAGCGUCCAUCAACUUAUCGGCCACCGCGGGAAGGCCUCCCUUCUCGCAACGAGACAGAAGCACCAAGCCCCAAAAGCAAGUCUCCGAGGAAAGUGGUGCCCCAUGACUUGGAGGACGAUAAACCGCCCAUACCUCCAAGGGCUCAAGCUCGUACCGAUCGUUCGAGGAAACAAUCAAAGGCGCCAAAGCUCGAAACUUCAGCCCCUAAGGGGAUACGUAAGGAGUCUCAGCAAAACAGAUUUUCAGAUCAGGAAAACUUCCCACCAGGAGGUAAAGUGCUUCCUGCCAUAGCCAAAACACCAGUGAAAGCCACCGUAUUAUCAGAGUCAGACGAGAACACUGCCCAAGUACAGACUCAGGAUUCAUACAACAACAAAAUUCCCACGGUAUCGAAACAGCCAGCUGGCGUCGUAGACAAGCCUCUCAGGGUUUCGAUCAGGCAGCCUGAACGGAAGGCUAAAGAAAAGGUCGCUCUUCUGAACAAGCCUACACAGACGGAUUUUGAGCAUCCGCCAAUCUUCCAAUCUGGGAGAAUGUUCAGAAGCCUGCCGGGACCCGCAAAACUCCCAGAAAUGGAACGAAGAGAACGGUCGGCUCAGACGAGUCACGGAACUAUCACACCUAACCCUGCUCUACCAUCCACAUGGAAACUGACCUUGAGCUCAUCCUCGUCACUUGAAGUAGCCAUGGAAGCCGCUUCACGGGAAAUGGAGAUACAAGAAGCCAUGAAGUCCAGGCAUGAGACACUCAGAGGACAAGACUUGGAGGCAGAUGCACAAGCUAUUCCCUACAUGGCUGCAGAAGUCGAACAUGACGAGCCACUCCCAGAGCCCGUUAGUGAGGAAGCUCCCUUACCCUCAGGUGAACAACCCGAAGAGGGACGGAAACCACUGCGAGGUAGUGAUAAUUCGGACCCCAAGGAGCAGGACGACAAAGACAUUGAUGACAGAGAUGUUUUGCGAGGUCUUCACAUCGCCAUAUCAGCUGCUUGUGACGAAGAGGUCGACGCAUGGAUCCGGCAAAAGACGGGUGUGCGCAUCCGUCGAUUCUUGGCAGACUUGAAGGCCUUUGAAACGUUGGGUGAAGAGGAUCAACCGGAUCCAGCCAAAGAGCGCGCGAGGAACAGGAGAGCCGACUCGAGGAAACUCAAGGCACAGAUUCGACAAUCUAAAGCUGCCAGGGAAGCAAGAGCAGCAGCACAGUGA